AUGGACCGAAGCAGAGCAACACCAGUAGCGAACAAGCGCAGUGACCAAGCUGCUACGCAAACAUCUCGUACCUUUACCACGCAAACUGCGACACGGCCGCUAUUGGAUAUCACCCUACUUCCCUCGCUCCUUCAAUACGUCGACAACGACUUGUUGCGCCGGCGCUCCGAACACAAUUACCCCCCCUCAGAAAACAACUUUUGCUCAGCAUGUGGUAAGCUGCACGACGCAGCGAAGGUCCGAUCGACCUACCUCCCUCUCACGUGCGGCUGCUGGAUGCACUACCGCUGCUUCAUCGACCACGUCGUCGGCCAGGACGCCAACCGACGCGGCCAUAAGAACGACUGCUGCCCCGCCUGCGGCACUCGUCUCUUCAUCUGGGAAGGUAUCGUCGCACUCACACUGGCUCAACGUACUGUCGUUUGGAUGCCUGGUACUAAGUUUGCAUGGCGCGACUCGUACGUUGACGAACACACCGGCUAUCUCGUCACCUCUGACAAGUCUGCUUACGAAUCCGACUGCGCACUCAUCUCCGGCCUCAUUCAGAAACGCUUCCUCGACAUGUUUGCGCCGAAUGCGCCGGCCCCCCGGUAUACGGAUGGCUCGCCGGAUCUUACGGCGUGCUAUUACAAGGUGCUUCAAGACUUGGGUAGCUAUGGGCGCCCUAGGGCAAAGUGGUUGAGCUUCAGUCGUACCGGUGCGCAGGAUGGAAGCGUGGGGUUGUCCAUGUUCGGGAUGCUCGUGACGCUCAAGAUGAGAGGUUUUAUGAUUGAGCAACAUUCGGCGAUUGUGGAAACGGAGGGUUGGGCGGACUUUGAGAAUGCGAGAGAAGAGUUGCGGGGGAAGAUACUGAGGGAUGUUAGGGGCAGUGGUUGGAGUUGGGCGGCUGUUGAGUCGGCGUGA